UUGACAUGUUGAGCGCGUUAACGCUGUAACGGUAUAUAGACAGAUUUUAAUUUGAAGCAGCAGCAGCAAGUUGUUGUAGGAGAGUUUGUUGUGAAAAAUAUUGAUAUAUAACAAAGAAAAUUUUAAUUGAUAAUUUUUAUAAAUAACCGAAGUGCUCUACCGAAGUGAAACUUAUUUUAAUAAAAAUAUAAAAAAUAAAUAAAACGAACAGUUUGUGCUAAAAGUAUUGUUGUGCGAUCAUAAACACGUGUUGGAUAAUUGUAGUGCUCUAUUUUGAGCACAUAUAGAAUAAUUGAUGCAUGCUUUUGGGCGCAUAGACGUGUGAGUGUUAACAAAUAAAACUUCCUGAUAUUUUUGUGGCAAGCAUUUUUGUUGCAAUCAAAGAGCGGGCUUGUAGCAAACAAUUCACGCAGUAAUCAAACUUGCAUUUGAUUUUCGAAAUUACGCGCCUAUUUAUAACUAGCAUACAUUCAGGCGCGGGAGUGUUUAGCUUCAUUAACAAGCAAACCUAACGUUUAACGGCUUUUAUUUGACAAUUAAUAUAACUACUUCUCGCUUAGUGAAGCUUUUGGCUUAUUUCCAUCAUUUGUACUUACUCAUUUCAUUUGUCUGUAUGUAAGCGCGAAAACGCCCUCGAGCUUAAACGUCGCAGCUCAAGCGGGAUUAAGCAGAGUGUAGCAGAAGAUCAGUAAGACAGCAGUUGAAAUAAUUGCAAAGCGUAUAGAAGCAAACAAUCAAUAAAUUUGUUGCAACAGAUGCCUAAUAACUGCCACCAAUGGCAUGUGCGUGUGGCAAACUCAAAUUGAAAAUCGAAUCUCAUUUGUGAAAGUGUGUCUAUAAUAACAAAGUGGAUUGCACUUUAAGUGAAUAAUUGAUGAGUCAGGAAUCAAAUCAGGCUAAUUUACAUUUGCAAAAAGGAAGGCACACUUCAUCUCACAGCCAGCAACAUAGCAUUGUGUACUUUCUUUCCCGUCUAGUACACCCGGGAGUGUCGUGCACCUCGCUCAUUUAUAAGAAACCUCACUCUGCACUCUAAAACCGUAACAUUGUGUGUGCGCUACAAAUAAACAGGCUAGCACCUCCGCUGUAUUGUGCUUUUGCGCCCAAAAGUAUAUGCCACGGUGUGUAGUAAAAUUUUGGGGCAAGAAGCUGGAAGUGAAACAACAGUGAAAAGUUUCUGCAUUUUUGGCCGCUGCUAUAAAAGCGGCAGCAUCAAUCCUCGUUAAGCAGCGCGCGCGCCAGUGUGUCAGUAAACAAUUGCAAUAAAUCAAAGCUUGUCAGCGAUUCUCCCGAGUGUUCGGCGGCAACGAAUGACAACAGCACGAAUGCGGGCUCACCUGCCGCACUGUUUGGGGCAUUAGUGCGCUUGUGUGUGUACCGGCGCGCGGAUAUGUGUCAUUUUGUGGCGUGAACGUGUUAAAAAUUAAUUUGCAUAAAUAGCAAAUAUUUCGUGUUGACAGAGUAAAUAUUUGCCAGCAUAUGCAGGUGGCAACGCCAAAAAUCGUGCAAUAAAUUAUAGCGCGACACAUUUGUUGAAAACUGCAACUUUCAGCGCAUACUUAAUGCGAAAUUUAUGCAUUUAUUUAUUUAUUUGUGUUUAACGAAAAAAAAAUUGCGGAAAAAUAAUUUAAAAAAGCAAACUGCAACGAGUAAUUGAUUAAUAGCGGUGACAAAUUAACAAAUACACAACCGCACAAAUAAGUGCAUACAAGUGUGUCUAUGUGUGUGUGACAGUGGCGUAUAGGAAAAACUGGCUGCGGCGCCUGUGCAUAUGCAACGACUUGUGACUGCCAAGUACCGUAAAUGUGCUCAAGCAGUGAGGAGGCGCAACAAUAAGCGCAUUUAAGGCAAACUGAGUGGCGGAAAGAAAGAAAAUUAUAAAGUGAAUAAGAAAAGGCAGGAAAUUCGAGGAAGCGCCGCUUAUAAAAAUACGCAACAAAAGCACAGCAAGCGCUUAGAGAGUACAGAAACAAUAAUUUAUAAAAGCGUAAAAUUAAAUAACAAAGCCACUUAGCUUAAGCUGCUUGGUUUUUGCUUCGCAUGCAAAGGCGGCUGUGCCAGCGCGGAAGUGACAACACAAUGCGAGUUUAAAACAAGUAUAAAAUUGACGUUAAAAAAGUGCUUUUUCACAUACAUAAAAGAAACUGGCAUAAAAAAAACUGCUAAAACAAAGGAGUCGUACCUUAAUAAAACACAAACAAAAAAUAAUUAACAGAAACCAACAACAAUCACAGCACUUGCUUAUAGCCACGCGCGCUCAAGUGUGCCCAUUUUCGUAACAAUGCGCAUAAUUUCGCAUAGCAUACGUUACGGCGCGCAAGCUUAUGCCGCCAACGCGGCGCAUACAAUUAACAAAAGCACUGCUACACUACCCACCAACACUGCCACCGCCAUCACCGCUACCGCUACCAUCGUUACGAAACAGACAUCGACUCAAGCCACCAACAUCUUUGCAAACGCUGCGCCACAGCAGCAACGUAACGCCAGCGCAUUGUUUGUUGACGCGUCACCGUUAGCUGUGCCACAAUUGGCCAGCGCCACCACACUGCAGGCAGCCGCUGCGCCAACAGUAACGUCAACAGCCACACGCCAAUCGCAAACGCAGUCGGUGUCGCAGUCGCAAAACUCGCUAUCAGCUACAGCAAUGCUACGUCGCUCCUACGCUGCACAAUUCAGAAUGAAUUGCCCCAUUUUAAUUGUAAUUAGCCUCGCUUGUAUCCUGCAUGCCGGUCUGCUGUGGCAUGGCGCAAGUGCAGCAAUUUCAAAUCGAGGUUGCAUAUCUGUGUUAGGCAAUAAUCCAUAUUAA